GUUUGCUGUCUGUGAGCAUUCUUCAAUGCGAUUGGCUCCUUACCCUGCUUGAUGAUGUUACUGCUACCAGACACCUGGAGAUCUUCUUGGCGUGUUGCCAGAUUCAAAUUAAUGUUGGGGAAGGUGUUUCAAGGUGUUUUCGUUCAGCUCCGGCUCCACUUCCCGUUUCGCUUUCUCGCCGCCUCUGGGCUCCGGGUUUCGGCUGAGCCGAUGGUCGGGGUUGGUUGGUCUUGGCUUGUCCGGGCAAUGCUGCAGCUCCGGGGCUCACAGUCUCCGCAGGAGCAGGAGCCGGCGCGGGCUCCGGGCUCGGGUUCGGGUCCGGGCUCGGGCUCUCCCCAUGCAGACUGGAUGGGGAACCUGCCGCAUUCGCUCAGCGCCCUGCCCCUGGCCAAUCUGGCCGUACCAGGAUCUCACGACUCCUUCAGCUUCUGGAUGGAUGAAAAAUCUCCCGUUGGCCCAGACCAACCCGUUGUCGUAAGGCACCUGGCCGGAAUUUUCCAAUCUUUCUGGAAGAAGAUGAUGAAGAAAUGGUCAGUGACACAAAGCUUGACUUUUCGGGAGCAGCUGGAGGCAGGCAUUCGCUAUUUUGAUCUCCGAGUUUCCACCAAACCCGGAGAAGAUGACGAGCUUUAUUUCAUCCAUGGCUUGUUUGGCAGCAAAGUUUAUGACGGUCUGAUAGAAAUUAACAAUUUCUUGAAAGCUCAUACCAAAGAGGUGAUCUUUCUGGAUUUCAAUCAUUACUAUGAAAUGCAAGACUCAAACCAUGAAUACCUUAUCCAAAUGCUUAAAAAGACCUUUGGAUCAAAACUCUGCAGAGCCAAUAUAGUUGAGGAAAUCACACUCCAGUAUUUAUGGGAACACAAAUACCAGGUGCUCGUGUUUUACCACCACCCCUUGGCCCACGACUUUCCCUUCCUCUGGCCAGGGAAUCAGAUGCCAGCCCCCUGGGCAAACACCACUGAUGCACAGAAAUUGGUUCAGUUCCUGGAGACAACAUUGAACGAGCGGGCAAAGCGAGGAACCUUUCACGUGUCUCAGGCCAUCCUGACACCUCAAACCAAAACAGUCAUUCGAGGACUGAUUGUCGGAUUGCGCGAUUCUCUCGUUGCAAGAAAUCUUCCUACGAUAAUGAAUUGGGUGAAAUCUCAGAAACCCGGUGUGAAUGGGGUCAACAUCAUCACCUCAGACUUUGUGGAACUUGUUGACUUUGCUACGACUGUGAUCAAGCUAAACAAUUUGCUGUUGCAUGACAGGACAAAACGCGAACAUACUUAGAAUGCUUCUUUAUUUUAACCAGGAUGGAAAAUAUCACAUUGAUCUCCUGUGUGACUGUUCGUAGGGAGUCAAAACCAAGCGUAGUUUCCAGGCGCGUUAGACUGGUUCAGUGCAGACUGACGUAAUUCAGAGUUUCCAUCUUAAAGUCAUACAUUCUGUCCUUUUUAUAUUCCUAUUUAAAAAUCCUAAGUCCCCACUUAUGAUGAGAACCACCUAUAAAAGCCAGUUACGCCGUACUUGUAGUCUAGCUGUGACACUGGAGCGCCUCCACUCGUGGGAGGAUGUAAUUACAGCGUGACGUCUUUACAUAGGCAGGGUCUAAUAUACAUGCGACCAUGUAGAAAUUUAUGAGAAAAUAUUAUGGAUGUGAUGAUUUUCAUAUAUAUAUUUAUAAAUGACAGUGAUUAAUACUAUUAAAACCACAGGGUGUUUUUGAAAAGGUGCUUUGGAAAAUUAAUAUUUUAAAAAAUUAAUCAGGAUUGUACGAAAACAGUGAAAAAUAGACUCCAACACUACUUGAAUCUUUGAUCACGAGUUAUAAUUUGGACAUUUUGUAUAUAUCGAUAUCACCAAAUGAAAAGUUAAAGGCUAACAAAUUGAAGAGGGAACAAUAUGUCUGAAUGAAAACAAAAAACUGCGGAUGCUGGAAAUCCAAAACAAAAACAGAAUU